GACUCCCGCUAUAACGUAGAACUCGUGUCAAACAAAUCACAAACACAAACAAUCACUCUUCUAUUUUCUUCUCACACAUUCAUUCAUGGAUUCUUCCAUUCGCUCCUCCGUCAUCAUCAUCGGUGCCGGAAUCUCCGGUAUCUCCGCGGCGAAAGUAUUAGCAGAGAACGGCAUAGAAGAUAUAGUGAUUCUCGAAGCUUCAGACCGAAUCGGCGGCAGGAUCCGUAAGGAAUGUUUCGGUGGCGUGUCGGUGGAACUCGGUGCCGGUUGGAUCGCCGGUGUUGGAGGUCGAGAAUCUAAUCCUGUUUGGGAACUCGCCGUUCAACAUAAUCUCCGAACUCGCUUCUCCGAUUAUAGCAAUGCCCGCUUCAACAUCUACGAUCAAAGUGGAAAGCUAAUUCCGAGUGGAAUCGCUGCUGACUCGUACAAAAAAGCGGUUGACUCAGCGAUUCAGAAAUUGAGGAACGAGGAAGAAGAUGAAGCUAGUAAUGAUGACGCGAACAACAACAAUAAUAUCAAUGAUGGAAAUAAAGUAACGAAACCGCCUUCGACGCCUAAGACGCCAGUAGAACUCGCCAUUGAUUUCAUUCUGCAUGAUUUUGAAAUGGCAGAAGUGGAACCAAUAUCUACAUAUGUAGAUUUUGGAGAGAGAGAAUUUCUAGUUGCGGAUGAAAGAGGGUACGAUUACUUGCUAUACAAAAUGGCUGAAGAUUUUCUCUUCACAUCAGAGGGUAGAAUCUUGGAUGAUCGUCUCAAACUCAACAAGGUCGUCCGGGAAUUGCAUCAUUCACGAAAUGGUGUUACGGUGAUCACGGAGGAUGGCUGUGUUUACAAAGCCAAUUAUGUGAUUCUGUCUGUUAGCAUUGGUGUUCUCCAAAGCGACCUACUUGCCUUCAAUCCACCCUUACCCAGGUGGAAAUUGGAAGCCAUCGAGAAAUGUGAUGUAAUGGUGUACACCAAAAUCUUUCUGAAGUUUCCGUAUAGGUUUUGGCCAAGUGGAUCCGAAAAGGAAUUCUUCAUCUAUGCUCACGAGCGGAGAGGCUAUUACACAUUUUGGCAGCACAUGGAUAACGCCUAUCCUGGCUCCAAUAUCUUAGUCGUGACUUUGACAAAUGGAGAAUCAAAACGUGUGGAAGCUCAAUCUGACGAUGACACCUCGAGAGAAGCUAUGACGGUACUCAGGGAUAUGUUUGGACCCAACAUCCCCGACGCUAUUGAUAUACUUGUUCCCUGCUGGUGGAAUAACAGGUUUCAGCGCGGCAGCUACAGCAACUACCCUAUUAUCUCCAAUCGGAAAGUUUUUCAUAAUAUUAAGGCUCCCGUCGGCCGCAUUUUCUUCACCGGAGAGCACACCAGUGAAAGAUUUAAUGGCUAUGUACAUGGCGGAUAUCUUGCAGGUAUUGACACAGGCAAAGCCUUGGUAGAAGAAAUAAGAAAGGAGAAUGAAAGAGAAAGUGAGAAUCAAACUCUAUUAUUGGAGCCUUUGCUAGCAUUGACAGAAUCAUUAACAAUGUCAAAGCCGGAAACAGUUUCCAAUAUCCACAAAUGCGAUAUUCCUACACAAUUAUAUCUCAGUGGCAAGCUUGGGAUCCCAGAAGCCAUAUUAUAAGUUAGAAAUAUAUGGAGUUGUAGAGAAUCCUCUUGGAAAUUACAAGAAUCAUAAAUAUGAUGAUAUGAGAAUCACCAUUGCCUGGUGAGUCAUGGUCCCUAGUCUCGUUCAAGCCCUUAAUGCGCCAUUGGUAAUGUCGAUUGACAAAAUAAAUACCGGAAGUAUAUGUUGGUGAGGUUAAGAGAUGCUGGGAACACUGCACAUAUGUCUACUCAUUUUGGUUCAUUUCUCUCCUAAUGGAGCCAACUAGGUUAUGAUUUUUUAAGGGAAUUAAUUGGUAUAGUCUUACAAUUACUUUGUUCUUUAUAGCCUUAAGAAGUAAGAUUACAUUGUAAGGAUGCUAGUUUGUAUUAUUUGGAUCCUAAUUUUACUUGCAAUACGAGUUCAUAAUUUUUUUUU